GUGGUCACUGAGACACUUGUUUUCUGAUAAAGAGGAAGGAAAAACCACCAGCUGUUGUCCUGGAUGCUCAGUGACAGAGUGAGCCCUGGCAGAGAAGUGUUCCUGAUUUACCUCAGCUUGGAGAACGCGGAUCAGUGGGGCUGGAGAGGGAGCAGCUGUGUCCCCAGGAAGGAUGGGAAUGGUGCUGCGAGCAGCCGUGCUCAUGAGUUCCCUUUUCCACUGCAGCGCUUUUCUGGACCUGAGUGGCCCCAGUGAGAUCAGAGGUGUCUGGAAGGAGUCUAUCACACUGCCUUGUGUCUAUGUGCCUGUCGAGGACCUUGUGCAACAAAGCCUCACCUGGAGUGUGGUACAUGACAAGGGCUCAGGCACCAUCUUUCGGAGGGAUGGCUCCAGCGACCAGGUUCUCCUGUCUGAGUACAGGGAGAGGCUCAGCGUCCCAAAGGAUGCCCCAGGAAAUGUGUCUCUCCUCAUCCUGAACCUGGAGAUCUCUGAUAGAGGAACCUACACCUGCCAGGUCACCUGGAGAGAUAGCAACAACAGCCUGAUAGCAAAGGAGAUCACCACCAAACUGGAGGUUGUUAAAGUGGCAGCCACCAAGCCCAUCAUCAGAGCUGGAGAGCCGGGGCUGACGCUCCCGGCCGGGGCCAGCACCAGCCUGACCUGCGAGGCCCGCGGGUCCCCUCCCAUCAGCUACCGCUGGUUCCGGAGCGCCCCUGCGGGCAGGGCCGAGCUCCUGAGCACUGCGGCAGAGCUGGCGUGGCCCAGCCUGCGGCCCUCGGACAGCGGCACGUACUUCUGCGAGGCGGAGAACAGGGCCGGGGCCGGGGCCGUGCAGCGCAGCGAUGCCGUGCAGCUGACCGUGACAGAUCUGCUCACAACAACAGCAGCCUUGCAGAGGAAUGUGGGAACCAUAGGGGGACACCACUCAACCACAGGUCAGGACAAAACUCAAACAGAGCUGGAGUCGGGAGGUACGUCAGGAAUCUCCUGGACUCCAUGGGGCCCCACCACUACUGCAGAUCUGCCCAUAACAGCAACAACUUCUGAGAGUGGUAUGGGAUACCCAGGGAAGAAUGAAACAAUUCGUGAUUUCCAGAGGACUGGCGUGUCCCUGUACCUGGUCAUUCUGAUUGCUGUGGUGUGUGGUGCUGUGGUUUUCCUUGUCAUCUCUCUCAUCCUUUGCAUUAGAAAGCCCAAAGACGCUCAAGUCUACGACGUAAAAUUCCAUACCUCGAGAGCAGCAGCUUCUUCAAGCACAUGUCACUACGAGGAACCCAUCUCUUCCACUGAAAACAUCUAUGUGAUGGAGCUCAGGGAAAACAAAACCUCUGAAGAUGUAAAUAAGAAUGUGUCUGACUGUGUUGCAAACCCCCAGGAAUCUGAGUAUGAAGUAGGGGACACUUCCUGAGAACCAACAAUGCUCUGCAGAUACCAGUCCUGAGGAGCACCUUCACUCAGACAAAAUAAAUACUUCUUUUCGCUUUUGUCCCUGACAAAUAGAUGGGACAAGCAGUGGUUGCCCUCCCUUCACAACCCCUGCAGUGAAAACGCAUACCUCUUCAGGAACUUCAGUUACAGACUGCUGUGUAGAACUUCUGAUUCUGUUUUCCUUGAUUCCCUCUCACCAGCUCUAUCCAAGAAAGCCCUUUGAAUGCUGCAGCAUGCAGGUCCCAGGCUAGGAGCACAGUUCUGAACUUACUCCUUUAUAUGGCUAAAAGUGUUUCCAGCCUUUGUGUGGUGGGAGGAGAGCCAGCACUAAGGGCUGCUCAGCAUCCCCAUCCCUGUGGGUGAGCAGGGCAGGGGAUUGCAGAGCAGGGGCUCGCUUUGGGGAUUGAUGGUUCUUCUCCUGCCCACCUGAUGCUGCACUAUCACCGUGGAGGCCCAACCAGGAAAACAGACUGGGGACACAGAUCUGGGUGCAUCAACAGCAGCAGGGCAGAAGACCCUGCCCUUAGUUUAUUUUUCCAUUAUAUAUCUGUGUCAAGGUGACCAUGGAUUGGAGAAGGGUAUCGCCACCUCUCCUGUCACAUUGGUCCAGGAGGCUGUCAUUCAACCUCCCCUUGUCUUGGAGAAAGUACUCAUAACAUUGCCAAUAUUUACAAAACAUGGUCCUGUGUUUACAAUUCACCAGCGUGAGAAACUGCACGUUUCUCCUUUAAUAUGAACGCUCAGCAAACCAGGAAAAUUCAUGGCAACAUCUCACCCUUUUAAGUAUAUUAAAAAGAAAACAAAAAAAGAAAAAUGAACAAUUCUAUGACAGGAAAAAAGAAAGAAAAAAAAAACCUGUAUAAAGUUCACCGACCUUCAUUUAGGUAACGGUGUGAGGGCUACAUGUUGGUCUGAUUCUGCCUUUGCUACCCAGGGUUUCACCCUGAACCCCUUGCAAUAACCUGCUCAAAAUAUCUCGAGCAUAGUCUAACAUAAUUCAACCAACACCCUCAUAUAUUUAAAUUUUUAUAAGAUACAAGGGAAUAUACGGUGCAAAAGGCAGGAGCAUUCCAAGAAAAAUCAAUCACUCAAUUCAAAAUUCUGAACCCCAAAAGUUCUGUCCCAAAACCACAACCCCCAAACAACAUGCACUUUCCCCACAGAGGUCACAAUGGCUACCAUACAUAAAACUGAGCCAUAGCAAACAAUUCCUCUGAGUCCAUGAUUAACAGUCCGCUGGCUCUCAGCAUCACACUGCUUCAGUCUGUCCUUGUCCAGCAGCUCCACAGGAUCCAAAGUCUCUAUGGAGGCCAUAUAGGAAAAGAGAGGAUGCUAGUCCAUGUCCAUGUUAAUCAGAUCUCGAAGAGGCUUCUGUGAUGGGUGGCACUAGGGUGGCACAGGGUGCACAAGGUUUCAGGAUCAAACAGGAUCAGUCCAAUGCACCUGAGGCAGCUCAGCAGACUUUCAGCGGCCACCUCCAUGGCAAAGAUCCCAGAACCUGAGGAUAGAGAACUUAGAAAACACAAAUUGAGCAAUUGACUUUUUCUCAAAGAAUGCAUGCAACAUAGGAUGUGGACGUAGAAACCCACUGCAAGGUCCAAGGAAAACUGACCAUAGCUAUGUGGCAACAUCAACACUUCCUACACUUGAGAUGAUGGCUGUACACCAGCCAGAGAAUUUUGCUCUUGUUCUAGAGCUUGGGAAACUGUUUCGUCCCCCUGACGUCUUCGUCUUUUUCUUCGCCUCCGAGUUUUCGGGCUUGGCGUGGGCUCAUCAUGACCCACUGCUUUACAAGUUUCUGCAGUAUGGUCUGAACCCCCACAUUGUGCGCAGAGAAACAAGGGAGUCACUUUCUGUGCCUCCUUUUCCUGUUCUCCACUAGGCUGAAUAUCUGCCUGUGUCUCAUGUCCAGCAUUCUGCCUCUGUUCAGCCGGCUGUGAAGCAGCCGUUGGGGUCAUCACCAUAGAAUCACAGGUGUUUAGAACUGCACAGGUCUGGACCAUCUCCAGGACAGUAGAAGUCUCUGGAAUGGUUUCCAGGAGCCUCUGGCAAGCAGAAUUAGCAUGGCUUCUUGCUAAUUGCUCCAAAAUUAUCAUUGUCAAAGUUAUAUCCUUGACUCUCGUCUUUAAAAAAUGCAUCAGACGCGAUAUAAAUUCAUUAAAAGCUUCCUCUGGCUUCUGUGCUAUGUCUAAGAAGUCUUCCUUUGGGGAGAAGGAUAACUUGGUUUUUAUCAAUGCAGAUAUCCCUAUGUAUCUGCACGAAUCUAAAACCCUGAAAGAAAGGCCAGCUUGCACAUCAGGGCAAGCAUAUUGACUCCUCCCCAUGAGUAGGUCAGCUCCGACCCCAAACAAGGGAUCAUCUCGAGGCAGGUGGCUAUUUUCGACAGCCAUUUGUCCAGCUAGGAAUUUCCAAUUUCUUUCAAAGGUAAAAACCUGUUGAGGUUCAAGCAUCAUUGUUGCAAGACCUCUUAUUACAUAAGGAAAGAUCAGAUUCUCAAAUUCUGCACUGAUCCAUUGAAUUGCCUCAGUGAAGCUUAUAUUAUCUUCUGCCACGUCCCUUGAUAAGGGAAGCGGGACUGCCCAUGAUGGGUCAUCAUGGCUAUGAUGCUGUGGAACCACGUCCACAGCUCCCUGAACUGGCUCGGGCAAAGCUGCAUCUUCAGGCAGCAGCUCUCUUAGGUCAGCAGCCUGGUUCACCUGGGAUGCCGAACUAAAAGCCUCAUCCGAUUUCACGACAGGGAAAGCGUGCACAUCAGACAACGCUUUUGCCCCGUUAUCAUCUCCCACAGCCGACCCGGCCCCGUAGGGGGGGUGGGCGGGGGACAGUGACUCGCUCAGACUCCUCUCUGAGCGGGGGGGCGAUUGUCGCGCUGGGCAGGGAGGCGUGGCCGAUCGGCCACAGCUUUCAGCUCCUGUUCCAUCAGCCGAUGGGUCGGUGGCCGGGGCCAGAGCCGGCAGCAGCUCUGCGGCUCCAGCGCUCGGCCCCGUCCCCUCUGAACGGAGGGGGCAUGCGGCGGGGCCGCGCGGCGGCGCGGGGGGGCUGUCCAGCGCGGGUGGCCCCGCAGCAGCGGGCAGCGUUGCGCCCAGCCCUCCCCCCGCGGCGCCGGACCGGCACCGGACGCGUGGGGCGGGGCGCGGCGCGGUCGGCGGCGGCGGCGGCUCCGCUGCGGGCACCGCACGGACCGCCGGCGGCAGCGACCCCGCGCACAGCAUUUGGCGCGGCGGGGGGACGGGGCAAGGAGGGGCCGUCCCCGCCGCUCUCGCCUGCCGAAUCCUGCGCGGAGCAGGUCGCGGCGGGGCGGGGCGGGCCGGGGAGGCGGCGGCAGGGGGCGGCGCCGGCAGCGCUGGGGGCGGCGUGCACGGCGGCCCCCCCGGCUCCCCGCAGGGGGCCCGAGGCGGCGCGGCUCCGCGCGGCAGCUGCAGGGCGGACCCCGCAGCGGUGGCGGGCAGUGGGGGGGUCGCCGCGGCACGGCGGCCCGGGGCGGCGCGGGCGAUCCCCCGCGCUCGGCGUGGGACCCGAUGCCGAGCGCUCCGCCCCCUCGGCACCCCAGCUCCCCGCCCGGCAAACCGCGCGGGGAGCGGACCGAAAAAAGCUUUCCAGUCCUUCCAAAAACCCCGCUGGGCGCGCCCAACCCCCGACAUGGGGGUGGGGGUCUCCUGCAUCGGCUCCAACCCUGCAUCAGAGCAAUCCUCGUCAGAAGCGACGGAGCUCGCAGGGGAGCCAGUGCUGCUUCCUGUCGAAAGCCCAGAAUCAACUUCAAAGUCCUCUCCAGCCUCUUUUAGAAGUGGGAAGACUGUUGUCCAUGCCCGUAAAAGAGUGCCUGCCUUAGAGUUUCCGUCAAGGACGGCAGAGAAAAGGCUUUUUCCCAGGGUUCUCCAUGGG